AUGCAUUCUGAAUUAGAUUUGUUGAGACAAGAGAAUGCUAAGCUUUUGGCUGAAAAUGCUAAGAUUAAGGCCAAAAAUGUGAGAUUAAGACAGGCUAUAAAAGAUAAUGUUGUUAAACUCACAAAACUAGAGCAGAGUGAUAAAGAAAAAGAAAUACAGAUAACUUCUCAAUCAUCUGAUAUUCCAUUACCUGAUAAGGAUCAUUCGCAUCUGCCCCACUAA